CUUAGAGAGAGAAGCAUUGAUCUCUGAAUGUUGUGAAACAUGUUGAAAUCAAGAAACAAGAGCAAAAGCAAACAAGAGAAGAAGUCACAAGAAGUGAAGUACCUUGGAGUUAGGAGGCGUCCAUGGGGAAGAUAUGCAGCUGAAAUCAGAAACCCUUUCACAAAAGAAAGACACUGGCUUGGAACAUUCGAUACAGCCGAAGAAGCUGCUUUCGCUUAUGAUGUAGCUGCUCGAUCCAUCAGCGGAUCUCUAGCUAAAACCAACUUCUUCUACACUGAAAACAUCUCUUUGCAAAGACAACCACAACAGUUAUUACAGUCAUCUUCAGACAAAGAUUUUGUUAACCCCUUCGUGUCUAUGGGACCUGAUAUGAGUUUGGGAUCUUCUAGUUUCCGUUUUCUUCAAGAUCAGCCACCAGAAAACAACCAUUAUGUUGCUGGUCCGAUCCCCUCUUUUUGGCAAGAACAACAGUUUUCUGCUAAUCUCACUAACGCUUUCUUAGAUUGUUAUGAUGAUGAUCAUGUUGGUAAAAAAAAAGAGGUCUCUUUACCUUCUUUUCCCAAUGAUAUUUCAAGCAGUUUAUUUGGUCUUCAGGACAACAUUGGUGAAUACGGCGAUGCAGACCAUACGAAGGCUGGUUCUGUUCUCAGCGUUGAUCCUUAUUGCUUUGAGUAUGACUUCUUGUUAAGCAACAUGCCCACUUCUCUUCUCGACGAUGUUAAUGGAGAUUUUCCUCAGGUUACUGAGUCUUCUUCUUCUUUAUCUUACAUCUGAUUCGAAUCGACUAUUAUCACCUUUCAAUCUUUUGCUUUGUUGGCUCUUU